AUGUCGCGUCAGCUUCUCCAACGGUGCUCGAAAAAGCACCUUGUGAUCCACAUGGACAUUAACAAGACCAUUAUCCAGGUCGACCAGGCGGGUGGCCGCACCACGGAUGAUGUUCUGAAUAGUAAUGUUGCUGCGAAUACGUUUGGGCUUGUCGACCCAACUGACAACCAGUGGCGGCCUCUUUACUGCGCUGCUGAUGCGCCGGUCGUCCUACCAGAUGCCCACAGUGGCCCCAUCAUGUCGUAUGAAGCAUACAUUGACAGGCUACAUUGCGCUCCUCCGGGGAUGCAGGAGCUGCCAAAGGCAGAGCGCGAUGCCAUAUGGAAGUCCGUAUCAAACCUCCGGCGACAGGCUACGAGGAAGUUCACUUUUCCUGGGGAAGUUGGCGAGUCAUAUGCACCGCUAGUCAAUCUACAGCGUCAGCACUUGAAGCACAGUGACGGGCAGCACAUUAUCCCUGCGUUUUUCCACAUGAUCAACACACUGUCAGAGCUUAAUUUGCGGUUCACACUCAUUUUCAGAACCUUUGGUAGUGAUUUGAACACUGUUCUGCAAGAGUGGAGAUCGUUCGUCCUUGGGACGCAUGCGUGCAAGCCGUCUGGCCCAGUUUUGCAGGAGCUAAAAGAGAGUUAUAUUGAACCACUCUCAGGGAGUUUUUUCCGGCAGGGUGAUGACGUAUACAUUUGCUACGGACCUCACGUAUCCCUCUCGUCACACCUCAAGUCGGACUUUGAGGAGAAAGAUCCUGUCAAGGUGCUGGAGCACCUGCAGCAAGUGCCUGGGUGCACGUCGGCUCACAAGACAUCCUUUUCGGAUCUCAAGGAUCAUUUGGUGGAAUACUUUGCCCGCUCUAAGAACAUAGGUGGGCUUGUGGAUUACUACCCCAGUUGGGCACAGGCAGCGGAACACCGCACUGGGGGAAAGGUGUUCCCGAUUUCGCAGAAUGACCCCAGCUACUACUUUGUCUUCUUCGACGACAACAUUUUCAUUGGGGAUGAGCACUCUAUUGUGGAUAUUCGCGAGGCAGACGGCGCAAAAAGUAUUGUUGGUGUGGAGGUAGAGAGGAAGUACUGCGUUCCCGUAAAUGCAUUCAGGGCCAUUGUGGACAAGGAGUACUUUGUCAGCGAACUGUGCGCGUGCUUGAAGUUGCAGGACAGCGAAUUGUGA